AUGACAUACGACACGCUGAGACACGAGGAAUGUCUUCGUCGCGGUGUUUUCACGGGACAAUCGCUUGGUGGUGAAUGGUGAACGUGUUGUGUCGACUGCUGUAAUCGGGAUCGCGGAUGAACGCUGUGCGCUUGGAAUGAGACCCUCGUCAUCGUUAUCGUCGCCGUCGUCGGCGUCGCGCGAUCACACGGGGUUACAGCAUCGUUGCAAAUGACGCAGACUCGGCUGCUAGGCCGAAUCCUACCGCCGGGCGUUCGUCUUCGCGUAGGAAAAAUGUCCGGGGAUAUCGGGAGUAGUGCGGCGUCCUCCCGUUGAUCUCGACGAUUUUUUUGCAGAAAACAAACGCACGCACAACGCGUCCGGGAGCAUCCCUCUGCUUUUCCUUGCCGUUGCGAGGAUUGAUGAAUGCGAUCGAGACGAAAUAUCGUUUCGCGGCAGGUCUUGGUUGAGACAAACAAUCACCGCGACGCCCGGAUCGGCCGACGAACCGUCUUAUAACAAUAAUAAGCUUUCUAUCAAGACUGCCAAUGUAAGACUGAAUCACUGAUGCAUGGGAUAAUCAUCUUUGAUGUCAAGUACGGUCAGCAUCAAUGGGAAACUGUUUCUCGUGCUUCAAGGUGCCACUUCCACCAUCAACCAAUACAGAUCAAUCAAUUGCAUUGGAGCAUAAAGACGAAACAAUGGAACUCAGAGGUUUGUUCCCAAAUUCUUGCCAACAAUCUGGUCCUUUUGUGCCUGAAACACAUGUAAAUGGGAAUAGAAAGUCUAUAAGUACACUAUCUACAUUUAAUAAUGUUGGCUCAGAUAACUGUGGAUCUGUGCCUAGUGUACAAAAUAAUCUGCGCUUAUCACGAGGAUUUUACGCGCGAUUACAGCCAUUAGGACGAUCUGGUACAUCAUCCGGUCUUAAUUUAGCUACUGAACCGAAGCAACAAAAGGAACCAUCAGAGAGCAAAUUAAAUGCACUUUUUGACCAAUAUAAGGAUCCUCAUGAAGAUGCGAUAUUAGCUGAUGGCAUAGAAAGACUCUGUGAUGAUUUACAGUUAUCACCUGAUGAAUUUAAAGUUCUUGUGCUUGCAUGGAAGCUAAAUGCAGAGCAAAUGUGCCAAUUCACACGCCAAGAAUUUGUCACAGGAUUAAAGGCUAUGAAAGUCGACAGUAUACGUGGUAUACAGGCACGAUUGCCUGAGAUUGUUCAGGAAUUGACGGUCAAUAGUGAUUUAUUCAAAGAUCUCUAUCGAUUCACAUUCCGAUUUGGCCUUGAUGUGACGUCUGGUCAAAGAAUUUUACCGGCUGACAUGGCAAUCGUCCUUUGGAGACUUGUCUUCACGAUACGUGAACCUCCACUCUUGAUGAAAUGGCUUAACUUCCUCAAAUGCCAUCACAUCCGGGGGAUACCUAGAGAUACUUGGAAUAUGUUUCUAAAUUUUGUCGAAAGCAUUGGUGACGAUCUUGGUGCUUAUGAUGAUGCAGAAGCAUGGCCAAGUUUAUUCGAUGACUUUGUAGAAUAUGAAAACGACCAAAUGAACCAAAAUAUCACUAAAGAUGAUAUUAUGAAAAAUACUUCUAUCGACAAAGAUUAAUGUUCAUAUUUGAAGGAAAAUAACAGUGAAGCAGAAAAAUAUUAUUGUCUUAAAUCCGACCUUUGAACAGGAUCGUCUAAAUGGCAUUAUUCUAAGAAUGAUCGACCUUUUAUUUUUAUUAGUAUAAUCGAGGCAAUUAUAUAUUCCUGAUUAUUACUUUUUUAAAAGAUCUUAUAUUUGUUGAUAUUUGCGUCAUUUUGUUUAUAUUCGGCGCAUUAUCUUUCCUAAUGUAAAUAUAUAAAGUUUAUUUAAUGUAAUAUUACUUAAUUACGUCUUGUCAUAUAUAUAUAUAUAUAUAUAUACAUAUAUUUAUAUAGAUACGCGAGAAAUUUCCGUAUUGUUAAUUUUAAUAUACUGGCAGCAAAUUACAUAUUAUUAUGUAUCUUUUUUGUAAAAACAAAGCAUAUAAAUUUACUACAAAGUUGUUUUUUUACACUUUGUUUAACCAUGAUAAUAUAAUUUAAUCAUUACACAUAAUUGCAUAAGAUUAUUGCUUUCUUUCACAAGUCGUGAUAUUUAGAAAUAAUGCAUUUUUGAGUUAUAAAUUUCAACCACUUUUUACAUAAUCAUUAUCUUACAUAAGAGAAAGAUGAUCUAGAAAAUAUAUAAAAAAUUAUAAAAAAAUUUGAUACAGUAAUGAAUAAAACUGCAGCUUUAAAAAAGACAAAUAUUGCUAAUAGAUAAUAACGAGAUAAAUAUUGAAUAUAUAAAAAAACAUAAUAAAUAUUGAUUUAAUAAUAUGUAGCGUCAAUUUUUCUUUUUUAUUUACCGAUAUAAUAU